CCUAGAAUGACUAGAGAAUCCAGCCGUGCGUCGAGCAGCUCUGCUGAUCGUCGGGCGCGGGGGGCAGGAGCGCGGGGCGCCUCCCCAUCGGCGCCGUCGCCCGACUCGCCAAGCCGCCCCCUCCUCCCGCCGCUCAAGCACCACACGGCCCAGCACAUCGAGCACUAUGGCGCCGUGGACGACGACGCAGGCGAGAGCAGGAUCACGGUACAUGAUGCCGUGUUCGGCGACCUCGAGGACGGGGGGCCGGACUAUAGAGGGGUCACGCCCGCCGGCGCAUUCGUCCUCAUGGCCAAGGCGAACUUCGGCCUCGGCGUGCUCGCUAUCCCGUCGGUGUUUGACAAGCUCGGCCUGCUGCCUGGCAUCGCGGCGAUCGUCGGCAUCCAGGCCAUGUAUACCUGGUCUGCGUCGUUCAUCGGGCCGUUCAAGAUCGCGCAUCCGGAGGUGUACAGCCUCGGGGACGCGGCGUACGUGUUUGCCGGGAAGCGGGGCAAGGAGUUUUUCGGACUCAUGUUUAUUGUCUUCUUCGUGUUCUGCGCCGCGGCCGCGCUCGUCGGCGUCUCAGUCGGUCUGAACGCCGUGACCUCCCACGGGGCCUGCACCGCGCUCUUCGUCGCCCUCGCCGCGGUGGUAGGCUGGGCGCUCAGCUCGAUCCGCACGCUCUCCGACGUGUCGUGGGUCGGGUGGGCAGGGCUCGUGUCCAUCCUCUCGGCGGUCAUCACGCUCACUGUCGCCGUCGCGACGCAGGACCGGCCCGCGUCUGCGCCGCCCCAUGGAGCGUGGGACAAGAACUUUAAGCUGGUCGGACACCCCUCUUUCGUCGAGACUAUGGGCGCGCUCAACGUGAUUCUGUUCUCGUCGGCCAGCUCGCCGAUCUACUACGGCAUCGUGUCGGAGAUGAAAGACCCGCACAAGUUCACCAAGCCCGUGCUAUCGACCUACGCCUUUCUGACAUCCUUCUAUGUCGUGGUCGGGAGCGUGGUCUACUUCUUCUGCGGGCAGUACGUCGCGUCCCCGGCGCUGGGGAGCGCAGGGCUCUUCCUGAAAAAGGUGUGCUAUGGGCUGGCCCUCCCCGGGCUGUGUGCCAGUCUCACCAUCUUCAACCACGUCUCCGCCAAGGUCAUCUUCGUCCGCCUGCUCAGCGGCACGCGCCACCUAGCAGCCAACACCACGCGACACUGGGCCACCUGGCUAGGCUGCACGUUUGGCGCCAUGCUCGCAGCGUACCUCAUCGCGUCCGCGAUCCCAAUCUUCAGCAGCCUCAUCGAGCUGAGCGGCGCCAUCUUCUGCCCCAUCACGGCCAUAGCGCCCAUGAUCCUGGGGUGGAACCACGAUCAUAUCUGGGCAAAACGGGACACUGCCCUGUCCCGCCGCGAGCGCGCCACGGCCGCCAUCAACACCCUCAUCCUCGUGCUCUGCGUCUUUCUGACAGUCGCGGGCGUGUAUGCUGCCGUUGUUGACCUGUUCCGCGAGACCAAGUUCACCCGCCCGUGGUCGUGCGAGAACAACUCCGGGCCGGUGGCGUAGGCUACGCGGCGCGUCGGGUUCUUGGCGCGAUCGGGAUCUUGGCGGAGUUGGUGGGGCAGUAGACGCCCCGCCCCCCGUGUACUUAUGCUGAAGACGCCAGUAUGUAGCAUCUGCACCCUCGAGUGCAUCCAACCACAUGUAUGAACUUUGUCUUGU